AUGGCAGCUUCGCUCGCGCUUCUAGCUAAGGAGCCCAGAGGUAGCUACAAGUGCUUUCCGUUCACUGAUACGUGGUACGAAGUGUACCGCAACUUCGAGGAGGACCCUUAUUUCGGAGGAAAUGCGACCUGCAUUAGGGCAACAGAAACAGGCCCGUAUACGGACGGAUCUACGCCAGCCACUGUCCAGUAUUCACCGAAUGUGUCACUUAACGUCACCUUCACACUCGUUUCUUCUGCGGGAUAUGAUGCGAAGAACGUCAUCAAAGUGCACAGUGGUGACGAUCCCAAUGUUACGUUCAACUACACGACUGCAUACAGAGACUGCCAGAGGUGCAAGGUUUACCGCCACAGCUACAUUGAUGGAGGUAAAGGGUGCAGCUUGUGGAAACCACAGAGUCAACUUGGAAUGAAUGACACCUGCUGUGAUUUUGUCUUUGAUUUGCUGUGUGGCACAUCAAACAAAUAUCAGAACUACGCUCCAGGAUGCGAAGGUUCGGGGUAAAACGGACAGCACAGCCCUACGGCAGCAAGAGAGCCGCUUUCUUCUAAGUGUGGAUGUUUAUCAAAUAAAC